UAUAUCAGCGGGAUUCUUAUUCAAACCAUCAAUAUUAGCAGGGCUUGUUAUUAUUAUUGGUGAUGUAUUAGCAGCACUUGGUACAUUUUUGUUUGGAAAGUAUAUAUUUUCGGAUUGGGUGGUGACUCAAGUUGAAAAAAGACCAAUGUUUAAAGCUUUAAAUGCUGUGAUAGCAGAAGAAGAUUGUAGUGAUGUUAAGUUAUUGACAUUUCUUUGGGCAACUGUAAUUGGUGUAAUUCCAGGAACUUUUAAUGCUGUAUGGAUUGGAUCAUUGGUUAAAAGUUUGAGUGGAAUUGAUAAACCAAAUUUAGAAAAAAAAGACAUUGUCAUUAUUACAAUGAAUUUUAUUAUUGCUGCAUGUUGUGUAAUUGCAUUGUCUAUAUUGGGUAAAAGAUCUUUAAGAAAGGCAAUGGUGAAAUUAGAAGCUUCGAGAGACACAGAAGAUGAUCAAGGAAAUCCACCAAUAAAUGUUCCAAAAUCAAAUAUUGUGGUGGAUGAAGAAUCAAUUCUAAAUUCUAGAGCAGGAAAAUUCACAUUUAUCGAAAAAAUUGUUUUGACAGUUAUAAUAACAAUUGCUUUUCUUAAUGUUGCUAUAUGUUUACCUUUAUAUUUUUAUUAUAAAUCAAACGAACAAUAA